CGCGCUCCCGGGCACCGAAGCCGCUCGGCUAUUUUCGCCACCCGUUCUCGGUGCGGCGCCGAGGCGCUGCGUUCGCUUAGGGGCCCGUGUGGCGACUGACUGACAGGAGUGAGCGCCCCUGGAGCUUCCAUCCUAGGACCCCGGGAACGAAGAGAGAUAUUCCAUUUCUGAAUGUACACUAUGGAUGACGACAGCCAAGAUGAACUGAUUAAUGUAAAUGCAGCACUGGGAAAAGAAAGAGGAAAGCGAGAAGUUGUUUCCAUUUUCAGUGAUGAAGAGGAAUCUGGUAGCGAAGAUGAUGUAGAUGAGGAUGGUACAGACGAUGAUGAUGAUGAAGAUGGAGAAGAGGCAGAAGAUGAUGACUUAGAUGAUGAGGAAGGUGACGAGGAUGACGAAGGGGAUGAAGAUGAGGAGGCAGAGGAAGACAAUGAUGAUGAUGAUGGGGCAAUUGAAGGAGACGACACAGAGAAGGCCAGUUCUGGAGGGAAGUGGGGAAGCAACUCUGAUGAGGAGGCUGAAAACUGCCCGAUCUGUCUGAAUACUUUCCGGGAUCAGGCAAUUGGAACUCCAGAAAGCUGUGCACAUUACUUUUGCCUUGAUUGUAUCCUCGAAUGGGCAAAGAAUGCCAAUUCAUGCCCUGUUGAUCGAAUCCUCUUCAAACACAUCUGUGUUCGCACACAUUUUGGAGGGACAGUUUUAAAGAAGAUUCCACUCCAGAACCCUGAUAAAGGCAAUGAAGAGGAGGAAGAGGAUGUGACAAACUGUGAGGUGUGUGGACGAAGUGACCGGGAAGAUAGCCUUCUCCUCUGUGAUGGUUGUGAUUCGGGAUACCAUUUGGAUUGUCUCACUCCCGCCCUUGAUACUGUUCCAGUAGAAGAAUGGUUUUGUCCAGAAUGUGCUGUUAACAAUCCCACAGAUGAUGUUGAGAUUGAUGAUGAAGAGGUUGCCUUCCUUGUUGCUGAUGCAGCGCAAGAACCCACUACUUCCCGGUUACGUCCAUCUGCCAGAAGAACCCGUGCUAUAGCAAGGACUCGUCAGAGUGAAAGGGUUCGGGAAAAUGUAAACCGGAACAGGAUUACCCGUGCACAUCAAAUCGAGCAUGUACCACAGUACCUGAUGAAUGCGAGUCUGCUGGAUGAAACUAUUGAAACAGUCGUCGCAGGCUUAAACACAGCCGUGUAUCAUCGGCCCCUCACUCCACGAACUCGAAGCACAAAGAAACGUAGAAAAAGAACAGGUAAAAAGAAGAAAAGGUUUGGAGCAAAGAAACCUCUCAGCAAAACCAGCCUGACAUCUGGAACUAAGGUCAGCGGAAAGCGAAAGCGUAGGAGAAAAGUGAAGAGAAGGAGGGGAAUGAAGAAGGCGAUUAAACCAAGUGUCACAGCACGCUCACGCAUUGCAAAGAAUCUUGGCCUUGGUAAGCCCGUAAAUGGGAUUUCAGUUCCUUCCAUGUACAGGCCACUGGAGCCUUCCCUGAGGACUAUGCGAACAGAUAUUGGAGCAGCUUCAUUAUCUGUGUAUGGUGAUCCCAAUGACCUGGAUCCUUUUGAAAGUGCUGCUGAACCUUUGGACAGGGAAACUUCAAGUCCCAGGUCCCCUCUUAGCAACAAAAGAAGAAUUCUCUCCCGCUCAGCCCUGCGGUCUCAUCGGCCAGUAGCCCGACCCAUCUCUGUAAAAAUCUCAAGGAAUGGAAGAUUUCCAGUUGUUGCCCAGGAGGCAGAACCAGAAGCCACAUCUGUACCAGAUGUGCUAGGAAGUAUCCUAGCAGGACAGGAUGUCUUACUGAUGGACAGUUCCGAUGUUGUGAUCAAUAGGGAUGGAACACUAAAGCCUAAAGAUCGAGGGCAACCUGCAAAAUUGACGUCAAGUAGUAGCAGAACUGGUGAGACUUCUGGUAGAUGUUCAUCGACAAGUGCUUGCAUCUCAGGGAACUCUGUAAGCACCUUGAAAGAGGAUCAGGAAACUGCUGGCCUCACUACACCUGCAAAACAUGUCUUGGGUACAUUGCCAUCUACAUCUGGUUUAACAUCUAAGCCGAGGCAACAAACAGCAUCCAGCAAUCCAAGACCUGCCUUUUCGGGAACAUUUACUCCAAUGCCUGAAAUAUCAAUUGGCCCCAGGCCAGGUGAAUCUGUGUCUUUGCUCAAUACACAACGGACGGGAGCAUUUAAUAAAAAUGUUGGGGAUGGUCAGAAGAGCACCAGUGGCUUUACACCUUUCAAAUGGUUAAAUAGUGUCUCCAAUUUGCAUUUCAAAAACAAUAUGGGCACACUGAAUAGAGUUCCACCCAAGCCACCUAUUAGGAGACUUGAUAUAUCAGAAUUUCCUAGGAUACCAAAGAUCAAGAACCAAACUGGUAGUUUAGGGUUGCAAACUGGUAACAAACAAAACAAUGGAAUAUCUCGAGCCUGUACAAACAGACUCGCAGGCAAUGAACAGGAUAGCCAGACCAUAAAUCCUAUGGAAUUUGGAAAUAGCGAAAAGAAUAUUGAGAGACCUGUCCAGCAGAGACAUCAAUCUUCUACCACUACAGGUUCAGCUGGCUGUUCCAGUACUUUCCAAGAAAAACUCCGAGCUCAAGACUUAGUAUCCAGCACGUCUGGACAGGGCUGUACAAAAGUGACAAGUAGCACUGGUCAUUUAACUAGGUUGCCUAAGUUGGAUGCCUAUGACCCAUUUGAACCCACGGAUGACGAAGUUCAACAUUGUAGCAAAAGAGACAAGAAUAUUUCACGAUUGCAACUCACUAUAAAAAAAGAAAUAGAUGAGAUAUAUGAUCCUUUUGAUCCCACUGGUUCUGACCCGUCUUCAUCUAGUUCCACUCCUGAUAGGAAUGAGUUAAGAUCUGAGGGUGAAUCUCCGUUGCCCAGCCCUGGUAAUGACAUUUCUGAAGGCGAUGAGCAGGUAACUAAUACGUUAAAUCAUUACUUUAAUGCUGAUACUGUACAGCUGUCUUGCGCACAGCAAACAGAGCAUUGUAAAAUCAAAUCUGAAGCUCUGACAACAGAAAAACCAACUGACAGUUCUGAUGGUUGUAAAUCUCUGUUCUCUGAGGCAGAAGCUAUUAUUGAACCUCAGGCUAAUAUUGAAGACGAGGAUAUGAAAUUGGGUGUAGAACCUGAUGCGAGGAAGUGGGACAAUACACACACAAACCGAGCAUGUUGCAGCUUUCCAACAUCUUCUGAAGACAAACCCAAGCCUGAACAGCAGACAGUAAAUACAGACAGUGAUGUUAUUAUUUCUUGUGUAUACUCUGAUGGGGGCACUUUGCAAGCUGUCAACAAGAUUGUUCCCACUUGUGUGAGAACUGAUGCAGAUACUUCAUCAGAAAAUGAACUAAGAAAAACAGUGAAUAAAAAGCUCCACACUAAAUCAAAGGUUCGCUCAAGGUCACGAUCGAGAUCAAGUUCCCACAGCCACCACAAAUGCAAGAGCUCAGUAUCCGAAGAACUCAAGGGCUACAGAUCAAGAUCAAGAUCAAAGGAACGGAAGAAGUUGAGGUCACGCUCAAGAGAACGACGGAGAUCAAAAUCUAGGUCAAGGUCUCGCUCCAGCAGCUCCGAGAAGUUUAAAAGACGGAAACCUAAACUGGAUAGGAGCAAGGAAAAAAGAAGACGACGUUCCAGAUCAAGAUCUCGAGAAAGGAGGUCGGGCAGUUCUUCCUCUGGUGCGUCUACAGACAGUCACAAGAGAAGAAGGAAAAUUUCAGGAUCAAGGGACCACAAAGGCUCCUCCAGGCACUUUUGGAGCAACAGUGAGAAAGGAAAAAGAAAGCAGUACCGACGGGAGCAAAGCCGGGAAUUGUAUGAUAGACGGAGCAGAAGAUCGACCUCCUGGUCCAGGGAGAGAAGACGUUCGAGAUCAUGGUCUAGAUCCAGAGAUAGGAAAAAAAUUUGGCCUAGAUCUAGGGAGAAGAUAAGGUCCUGGUCCCGAUCUAGUUCAAGAGAAAGGAGAUCAUGGUCUAGAUCUAGCUCUCGGGACAAGAGAAGGUCGCGAACGAGGUCAAGUUCCAGAGAGAAGAGAAAGUCAGCCAGGGCUAGGGAAAAGAGAAGAUCAAGGACUCGAUCUAGAUCCAGGGAAAGAAGAAAACCAAGAACUCGAUCAAGAACCCGUUCAAGGUCCAAAGACCAGAGUAGAUCAAGAUCAAGAGAUAGGUGCUCGCAAUCCAAAUGGCAAUUCACAGAAUUAGAGAGGAAACAAACUUUCUUUCAAGAAAAAGUUAAAUUUGGUGAGAAGGAUCAAGAGCAAAAGAAAGCUUCAACUUACAGAAAUUAUGAGCCUUUGGAGAGGGAAGCCUCAGUAAAGAAACUGCUUAUUUCUUGUAGUUCUCAAAGCUUGCAGGAAGGUAACUUUAUACCAGUUGUUCAGAGCACAUCUUGUUCAGUAACCAUUAAAGAGGAAUCAACACCAUACAUUGACAAAGUACAGGAAGAAGCAAACCAGAAAGAACUUUUUGAGCAGGACAAGGACUCCAACUGCAAAAGUGAGGGCUUAGGAGAAGAUAUUCCUGAUGUUUUUGUUGGAGUUGACCACAUUUGGGAAAGUAAUGACUCCAGCACAAACCCGGCCAAAACAAUAAUAAAAAGUCCCAGUGUUGUGCCUGAGUGUCUCCAUAUCAAAAGUCCUUGUUACCAAGAGCCUGCUGUUUCAGAUGAGGUUUCUAUUCCCCUAAUAUGCCUGGGCAAACAGGAGGAGAUCCCACUUUUGUCAGUAAAUGAAGAAGUAGCUUUGGAACCUGAAGCUGAACCUUUUCAAGUACAUUCACCAGCUAAAUCUGACACACUUUUACCUAUUAUUGAGAGUUCAACCACUGCUGAUUCAGUGGUACCAGUGGAAGAUCAAGAAGAAUCUGUGGACACGAGUACGGUUGAGGAACCACAAAGCUCCAGCACUCCGGUUAAUGAGGCAGUGGCUUUAUUUAAGAACGAACAUCCAGAGAGCUGUGCAACAGAUACAUGCCCCCAGAAGGAUGAACCAACCCAUGAGACUGUGUCAGCUGGCCUUGGUUCAAACAGUGCAAAUAAGCAAGAAGAAACACAAAGUGACGUGAUUGGAAAUGACUCAUCAGAGAGAAAGCUAGAAUCGAUGAAAACAGAGAGCAAUAGGGAGUGUGAGGAAAUCCCCCUCCUGGAAUCAACAGAGCCUAUGAAAGCCAAGACUGAGAGUGAAACAGGUUUACAAAGCACUGUGGUGAAAACCAAACCCCUUGUCAAGAGAGUGACUUGGAACCUGGAGACAGAGGAGAAGGAUGAGACUACCUCUGGGAAGCCUGCAAGGACUCCAUUCUACAGGACACAGAGAUUUAACAAAGAAAGCAUCUGGAAAGCUCCAGAAACAAGUCAACCACCAAAUCAGGUGCCGAUGUUCCAGCCUCCAGCAGCAAAUUUUAUGAUUCCUCCUCCAAUUUUUCCUGGUCUGUUUCCACCUCAGGCAUUUAACCAAGUCAACAUGCCACCACCACCUUUUAUGCCACCUUUCCCACCACUACAUCCACCUCCCUAUGCACCAGUCAGCCAGCCUACAGUUCCGUACAUCGUGCAAGGGAAUAUCCCACUGAUUGGCUCCACUGCUGUGCCUCCAUUACUCCCACAGCCCACUUACCAAACUGCUGCUCCUGCCCCUGUCCCUGUCCCUAUCCCUGUCCCUGCCCCUGUCCCUGUCCCUGCCCCUGCCUCUGCUCUUACUCUUACUGCUACUCCUGUUCCUGCUAAUUUGGCUGCUGAAACACAAGUGGUGCAAACAGAAGGAAACCUGGACACCGAAAACAAAUCCAAUGAAGACAAAGCUCAAAAUGAGAAUUAUAUAAAGAAACUCCAUGUGCAGGAGAGGGCUGUCGAAGAAGCCAAAUUAGCUUUAAAGCCCUAUUACCAGAGUAAAGAGAUCACCAAAGAAGAGUACAAAGAGAUACUACGGAAAGCAGUGCAAAAGAUCUGCCACAGCAAGAGUGGUGAAAUUAACCCGGUCAAAGUUGCUAACCUUGUGAAAGGUUAUGUAGAGAAAUACAAACACAUCAGGAAAUACAAGAAAGGAGCAGAGGGAGAAAGCAGCAAAGAAACAGAGGCAAAGCCGGAAGCAAGCUGAAAUGCAUGAAACCUGCAAGGACAAUACCAACUUUGGUUCAUUGUACGGUUUCUCCUGUGAAUGUGGAGGACACUCCAAGACCAAUUCAAACAGGGCAAUGUUGGCUGCAGCACCGAGACACUUUAUAUUUCAUGGUAUCGUCAGUCAAUGUAUAAAUGCACCUGGGAGAAAGGAAAAAAAGGCUAGAAGAUCUUCAACUGGAACCUUCCUGCCUGUUCUCUUUUCUUUUGUACAAUAGAACAAAAUUUCACACUGUGACUGUCUAUCCUGCCAUGAAUCCGGUUUAUAGACAUUGUUUGCCUUUAGCAUAAUGUUCCUUUACUUAAGAUCAAUUGAAUACUUGAAGCUCCGUUUAGUCAGUCUGAUUGUGCCUAUAAAAGGUAAAAGUCUAAAUAACUCGGGUUUAUAAAACAUUGGUCACUUUUUUCAAACAGUCUUUCUAUUUUUUAGGUUACUCGUUUCUGGGUAAAUCAUAACAUAUUUUGGCUUAUCAAAAUCUGCAAAAAGGAUCAUCAGUGCUCUAAACUGCUUGUCAUAAAUUAUAAUUUAAAAGCCAUAUUUGCAUCUUUUAUUGCUGUAAAUAAUAUUCAAAUAAUUCAUUUGUCAGAGAAAUGGAGUGUUUUUUUUCCUCCCCCUGCCCCCCCACCCCCCUCCAGUAUGAAUAAUUAUGGGUUUGUGAUGAUAAAAUGCACUGUAAAUGGUAUUCAUCCUGGGUUUAUUCUUUCUGUUUGCCCUGUGCUUGCACAAACCCUGACUAAAGUUAGAAUAACAAUGCACAGAAACCCCAUGCUAAACACUGAUCCCAAAUUUCUUGCGACUUAACGGAAAUAGUCACCUGUUGCUUUAACACAACAGGAAAUGGUCCUGGGACUUCAUAUUUUCGUAACAUUAGAAUCACAGGAACAAGAGGAGACCAGUCAGCUCCUCAAGUCUGUUACUGAGAAACAGGAGGAGGUCAUUAAGGCCCUCAGACUUAUCGCACAGGAACAGAAGGAGGCGAUUCAUCCCUUGAGCCUGUUACACAGGAGCAGAAGGAGGCAGUUCAGCCUGUCAGGCCUGUUACACAGAAAUAGUAAGAGGCCACUUAGCCCGUUAAGCCUGCUACACAGGAAUAUGAAGCCACUCGUGGCUGAUCUAGAUCUCAACUCCAUUUACAUGCCAUUGUUUCAAGUCCUUCAAUACCCAAACCCCAAAAACAUCAUAUCUCUCAGUCUUGAAGGCUCAAAUUGUUGCCCAGCUUCCACAGCUUUUUGGGACAGAGUUUCCAGAUUUCUACAACUCUUAUCAUGUUCUCUGAAUAUAGCAUUUUUUAAAUUAUCUCAGGAUGUGGUCAUUAUUUUUUACUCAUGCCCUGACAACUGAGUGGCUUAAUUGUCAGCCAUAUUGUGUGGGACUGGAGUCAUGUGUCAGCUAUGGGAUGAUAGGUUCCUUUCCCUGAAGGGCAUUAGUUAACCAAAGCAAAGUACUGCAGAUGCUGCAAAUCUGAAAUAAAAGCACAAAAUGCUGGAAAUACUCAGCAGGUCUGGCAGGCUCAGUAGAGAGAGAAACAGAGUUAAUGUUUCGGGAAUGACUUACAUUGGUGACUGCUCACAAAUGACCUUUCCUCAUUGGUGAACCAGUUGGAUUUUUCAUGGUUAUUUUAAGAGUGCCAGCCCAUAAAUUACUAGUUUGUAUUUAAAAUCGACAAAGCAAAUGGAAUAGUUGAUUUAAGUCCAACAUUUAUUUUGCUAGCUAUAUCUACUGUAAACUUUAACUGGUUCAGAAUUCUACUCUUUUCAUCUCUUCUGCACUAACUUCUGACAUGCCUAUUGGCACGUUGGUUGUACAACCAGGUUUUUUAGGGCUUCUAUACCAACUCCCUCACUGCCUGCUCAGUGUCUACUUCCACUUCUCUGUGAAGGGCCUGGGAUCAUUUUUCUACAUUCAAGGCCCUUUAUCAAUGGAAAUUGAUUGUAUUGUCCACAUUGCUGAACGUUUGUUACACUAGAGAUUUUCUGUUUCGAAAUAUGAGCUUUUUGCCAUUUUCCAUCUUUUUAAGGGAAAACAAGAUUAGUCUGUUUAACUGUGAAGGUAAAUUUACAAAUCUUUUCUGAUUGCUUAUAAGUCAGGCAACAAGAGAUGUCUAUUAUUUUAAAGAGAUGUAAAAUCAAAGUAAAUGAGCAAGAUUUUACUUUAGAAAGCCCAAUAUUGAUUGUUUAUCUGGGGUUAACCUCUGAAUUAUACCUACUGUGUUCAACUGAUCACUGAAGGCUUUAAUCCCGCUGAAAACACUUCUCUGCCUCACUGUGGGCAUUGCAUUUUAUGGAAAUUUAUUUGUUUUCAGCAUGCAUUACAUUUUCUAAUUUUUCACAUUCAAAUGGUUUUGAUCCAGGUGUAAUUGGGAGAUUUUUCUAAUGGAGAAUUCAGUGGGAUGAAGCAUCUAAUAAGACUCUCUUGCUGUUUAACUAGUUCUUAUAUACUUUUGUCUAAUUGGGUUUUUUUUCUGUUAAAAGAUGCUGUGUACCUGACGGUACAAUGGCUAGGUGCCCAGCACUGGAGGGUCAGUUUCUGACCUGUCCAGAGUUAGCUGACCUCAGUUAGAGCUAGGGUUGGUGUCCACUGAUCAGGCAGAAAAAGAAAUAAGCAGGUCUGAGUUUCUGCUCUUGAUCACUGGGUGAGGACAGGAUCAGAGGCAGCUGUGAUUGAAUAGCCCACCAACAGACAUCUUCUUGGUGAAGAAUGGCCACUUCAGACUUACAGGAGAGUUUAGAACUAUCCCUCAACAUACAGAGAGGUAUGAGGUGACCCUAGGAUGUUGGCUGAUUACUUGCCAUCUCCAAACAAUGAUAAGUUAGCUACUACAAAUGCUCCAUCAAUUGAGUUCAAAUCCGCCAGGUGAAACGCUGAAGUUGUGUAGUGCUCUCAUUUGAGUUGGAAGCUACUGUAUACAGUUUUGGUUAGUGGAAUGUAAAAGGGGUGCCAAGACUUUAGAGAUGGUGCAACAAAGUGGCUAAUCCUUGGUGUUGGCUAAAUGAUCUAUGAAAAAUAACCAGAUUGGCUUGUCCUUGGAAGCUGGGAGCUCUGUUGCUGUAAUUUACUGUUUAUAGAUUUACCAACACCGAGUGAUGAGGUUUUGGGACUAUCAGCUUUCUCUGUGCACUUAAAAAAAAUUGCCAUCCUUAGCGAGCUUGCUUAAUUUUAAGUCCCUGAAUAUCCCACAUCAGGAACACACAGUAGUGAACUAGGAGCAAAAGACUUCAACAGUAGUCUGAUCAGACAGUUCUGAGUGAGUUGCAAACUAUUUUUUCACAUGUUUGAAAAAGAAAAAGAAUCAAAGUAUCUUAACAGUCCUGGAAUUUGCUUUCUUAUUUUCACUCAUGGUGUAGGGAAUUCGCAAUGUGGGCAAUUGAGGCAUUUAAAAUUUUUACCUCCAAUAAUUUUGCAUACAUAGAUUCGUCGUUCACUGCUUAGGACUUGGCCAUUGUGUGUGAAAACAAACUUUCAGUAGAAUUUUCAACAUUAUCUACGUUUACUUUGAUUCAUUGUUAAGGAGUGGUUUGAGUUUCAAAAUGUUGAAAGUGUUGAUUUAAAUUCCAACAGCUGUUAACCCAGACAUCGAUUACAAUUCUUUAUGUCC